AUGAGUGCAACCACCUCUGAGGAUCAAGACAUGUUCUGUAAGAAGGCAGUGGCCCUCAUUGUUGACCUCUGCCUGGACAGCAGCCCUUACCUGGAUUCUGAAACAUGCCAGGAUUUCCUGUUGCUUCUGACCAAUGAAAACCCCAACAUCUCCAGCUCAGACAUUUCUUUCAGUCUCCUGCAGCUUCUAUUUGUGGUGUGCGGUUUGGCCCUGCUGGGUGUCAUCAGCAUUGCCACCUGGAAGCUGUGCUGGUUGCCCUGGCACAGCAAAGCACUUUCCUCCAGUGCCACCGCCCUUGCCCCCACCCAUCAAGAAAGAGAGACACACAGAGAAGGUCACGGCAACUACUGCCCACCACCCCUCAGAGACGUCAUGGCAGCAGACAAGCUGAAGGGUCCUGGGAACUUUCUGGAGGCGGCAGUGAAGAUUAGUCAUACGUCGCCAGAUAUCCCCGCAGAUGUGCAGCUGUCCAUGAAGGAUCAUCUGCUGAGACGUACGCGUAUCUCACGGCAGACGACUGAACCGGCCUCCUCUAACAGGCAUAGCUCCUUCAAGAAGCACCUCCCCAGACAGAUGCACCAUGUGACAAGUCUGGACCGCGGAGGGGAGUUUUUGGAUGUGGAUCCAACUUGCACCGCAGCAUCCCUUGGGCGCAUCCAACCAGAACUCUACAAACAGUGCACAAUGGAAGCAGAGGACUCAUCUAAGAAUGACAAUGGUAAAACAUGCGGCAAGAUCAACUUCUCCCUUAAGUACGAUUAUGAGGGAGAGCUCCUCCUUGUCACCAUCCUCAAGGCUUUCGACCUGCCAGCGAAGGAUCUGUGCGGCAGCUCAGAUCCAUACGUCAAAAUCUACCUGCUGCCCGACCGCAAGCGUAAGUUCCAGACCCGGGUCCACCGCAAGACACUCAACCCCACUUUUGACGAAACCUUCCAGUUCCCCGUCCCAUACGAGGAGCUGGUGUCCCGAAAGCUCCACUUGAGCGUGUUUGACUUUGACCGCUUCUCACGACACGACAUGAUCGGGGAGGUGAUACUGGAAAACCUUUUCGAAGCUUCAGACCUCUCACGGGAGACAUCCAUCUGGAAAGACAUUCAAUACGCUACCAGCGAGAGUGUGGAUUUAGGAGAGAUAAUGUUCUCUCUCUGCUACUUGCCAACUGCAGGGAGACUCACACUUACUGUCAUCAAAUGUAGGAACCUCAAAGCCAUGGAUAUUACGGGUUAUUCAGAUCCGUACGUGAAGGUGUCACUCAUUUGCGAUGAAAGGCGCUUGAAAAAAAAGAAAACGUCCAUAAAAAAGAAUACUCUGAAUCCGACAUAUAAUGAGGCAAUCAUCUUUGACAUCCCUCCGGAGAAUAUGGAUCAAGUCAGCUUGCACAUAUCAGUUAUGGAUUAUGAUCUAGUGGGACAUAAUGAGAUCAUUGGAGUCUGUCGUGUAGGGAGCCAUGCUGAGGGACUGGGCAGAGAUCACUGGAAUGAAAUGCUAGCUUACCCUCGAAAACCCAUCGCUCAUUGGCAUUCGCUAGUAGAGCCCAAGAAGUCUGAGAAGGAGUGGAAAACUCGCACAGCAAGCUUUGACAGUCAGGGUUCUUGUCCCUCUCCCAGACUUCCAUCUAGCCCAUAAGGGAGGUGGAGCCUCUCUCUACAUCUUCACACAAGCCAAGGA